AUUCCUCACUUCGACCGAUUCGGCACAGCCAUACCAACCAGAAGCAGCUGCCCUGUUCGUCCGUUCGGGGGCGACGCAGCGGCGUGAUACGAGGCACUGAAAAGGCAGACUCUCUUCUCCUCCUCGCAUUAGUCUCCUAUCGGUCGAGCAUCUCUGGAGUUCCUCCAAUCAAGAACCCGGAGCAGGUCAGCACUCAGCAGCAUCUGUGCUUCUAAAUGGCCGAAGAGGUGGUCAAAGAGGUUAACACUUCAACCCCUGCACAAGCUGAGUCCAAGAGAGAUAUUUUCCCGGUAAACAUUACUGGAAUUAUACAUGGCAACAGUAUUCCACCCUAUCUUAGGAGGAAGGAGAAGCCAGAUCCACAUUACCGCAGAGCAUCCACUGGCUCUUGCCAUGACACCUGCAAAUUUGGUACCCAUCAUUCCUCUGAAACUAAGAAAGACGGGGCCUCUCGUCCCUGGCGUCAGGACCGCGCGAAUGCGAGGCAGGGAAAACAAGACCAGGCUGAACUCGUACCACCAGGAGGCAAAUCAGGAAAGAAGGACCCGGGGCCGAAGAAUGUUUCACAUGUAAACAAGGGCAGUGGCUCUGUUAAGCCUGGUUUUACCAAGCAAAAGCCACCACUGAAAGUAGUACCUGGUCAUUCUGAAAGCUCUCCGUGUAUAGAGUUGCCGGAUGAAGUAUCUGAAGACAAGUGCCUGAUCAUGUCAUUCGAUGAUCAGUCAAACUGCGGAGAUGAAGAAUUGUCAGAGGGUGCUGUAAGCAUUGAUCUGGAAAUGCCAUUGGCCAUUCAGGACAAUGACGAGUCUGACGAUCAUGUUAUGGACUCCACGUUACCCUCCAAGGAUGUACGCAAAGCUAUGGAACAGUCACUUGUGGAUCAUGUCUCCGGUCAUUCGGCAAUUGAAUGUGUAAGUUCGGAGAAGAGGAGUGAUCAGACUGUGAUGGCACCAGAGAAGCACAAAAAAAUAGAGCAUGAGACUAAAUCAGAGAGUUUCUCUCGGGGAUCUGUAAAACCAAAGACGAAAGCAACAUUGACUGCAACUAGAAACACGGUGUUCAGCCACAAAACCGGAGUAAAGUCACAGCAGAAGGUUGCAGGCACAUCAGUUGAAAGCUCUGACAGACCAAGGACAAUAGCGAAAAGGGCAGAUGUUAGUGCUACUAGCAAGUUCAAUGGGGAUAAGAAACCGCAGUUGAUUGUGGCAUCAACUUCUCUGAAAUUGAAGGAAAUCAAAACACCAUCACCAGCUAGUGCGACAGAUUCCAAAUCUACUAGGUUCUCAAAGCUGAAGGCUUUAGCAACCAAAAUUGCUCCAGCCCCAUCACCUACUUCAGGAAAACAGACAGGUAGAAAGAUGGCAGAGGAGAAUGUUGCAAGGAAAGAUUCUCUACUUGGCCAAAAAAAGGGAGAGGAGAAGGUUACAAUAUUGAGUCCACUGAAGCUGUCUCGUUCUAUAAACAUGUCAGCCAAGUCUCUUUUAAGCCCAAGGAUUAGAGCAGCCAAGAAAGCAACUUCUGCUUCCCCAAUGAAGAGUAAGAAGGUUUAUGGGAUAGAAAGUUCUUCUGUUCACAAGGAGAAAAUAGUGAAGACAACUUCGCCAAAAAUACGAAAACCAGAUGUUAACAACAAAGAGAGGAAAUCUCACAAAGAAAAGGCUGUUGUUGCGAAAACUGAAGGUGCAGGAAGGCCAAUGCCAUCAUCCACAUCCUCAGCCUCAAGCACCCUGAGGCAGUUACCUCGCAAGCUAACGUUUCGCCGAGCCAAGGUGCUAACUAAACUUGCUAGCAGCUCUGACAGCAAUAGUCCCAGACGAGUCCGGUUCAGGCCUGCAAAGGCUACUGAUGAUAGAAACAUAAGCAAAGAUCACACCAGAGGAAGGGUCACCAGGAAGAGGGGCGCUGUAGCUUCUGUUGCAUCUAGAGAUUCAGGCGCUUCACGAGCUGAAGUCAUUGUCCUGAGGCAUCAGGACACCAAUGAGAAGAAGAGCGAGCAGCGAUCCUUAAACAAGGUUAUCAAGGAGACGGCAAAUAGGCUCGUCGAGGCAAGGAAGAGCAAGGUGAAGGCACUCGUAGGUGCGUUCGAGACCGUGAUCUCCCUUCAGGAAAAGCGAGGCCGGUCCAGCUCCGUGAGCGUUUCCUGACCUGAAGCGUGCCAUCAUUUACGAACCUGUGAAAUUUGUGCAAGUGUGGGGUGUCUCUGAAGUACUCGUGUUAGAGGUUUUCUAUAGGAAGUUGCUGUGUCCUACUCUGCUUUGUGUUACAGAUUUGAAGUUUCUACCAAAUAAGAAUAAAUUACGGUGGUGAUAAACUUAACGAAACUUUGUCUC